GGCCUUGGUGGAGGUGAGGAGCCGUCAGGGGCUGUCGGACCGCAGGGUAGACGGUCUGGUGGCGCUGUGGCUGGCGCUGCCAGACUUUGACAAGCAACGUUUGAUCUACCCUGCCCGACACCAGGAGAGGAUCGUUCAAGGGCGGUUCAAGGCAUCGAAGGGGAAGUCGUCCAUUAUCCUAGGAAAAGACUCUCUCCAACGUUGCCUUCUCGGACUCAACUCGGGCCCUGCCAAUUGGCCGGGCACCAGCCGUUUGGUGGAGGCAAUUUGCAGUCAGCUCUGCCAAAUCCAUCCCAGCGCCACGCAGUCUGCCGGCGUCAAAAAGAGCAGGUGGGCGCUCAUUCUGGCAGACUACGUGGCCAUCCGGGAGGCAGUGCUGAACAGCCCGAGGUUGAUGGCCCAGACCAACCUUCAGCUCUUUGAGCUGAAUCAAAGGACCAUCAGUCAGUGGUACUCUCGGCGUCAGAAGGAGAGGGAGAGGAUGGUGCUGCAGCAGGGAUUGGGGCUCGCUGUUGCCCCCAGCGUCACCGCCCAGCCCCUCCCUGAAGCCAAGCCCCUCCACUACCAGCGGGAGGGAAUCCAGGCACCCUUCCCUUUCCCUACGCCGCCCCCCCCCCCCCGGUCCCACGCCAGACCACCCAGCAAGGAGAGCCCGCCCAAGCGCCCAUUCAGCCAGCCCACCUGGAGCAACAACCCCCCGCACUUCCCGGCCCCUCCCAAGCCCAAGGACAACAUACGGGCUGCUCUUCACCUCCUCCAGUGCCAAGGACAACGGCUUGGAGGAGGAAGAGGAUUGCGGACGACACAGAGUAGGUGACGGCCGGGAAGAGAAGGCAACGUGAGCAUUACGUCUGCGCCAAAUGCGGGUUGCCGAAGCGGCGGGAGACGGGCCACAGCCGCUUCGGCGGCAUAGCGUUCUGCUCUGUGGCUGCGGGGGUAAGACCGUGGCCCAGUGGCUGGCGGAAAUGAAGGACGCUGAGGGGCGAGGUGAAGGACACUGAGCCACUGGCUGGGUGGUUGGACGUUUUUUUUUGUAAAUAGUUCACUGUUCCCCUCUACCUGGACCGAGACCUUGAGCGCGGUGUAGAGGCUUGUGUGUUAUGAUGACCCUCAGAACUGCCUGUAGUCUAUAAGACUACUGGUAGGGUCACCCAUGGUAGGCAGUUCUGAGGCGAGACACCAGACUAACAUCGGUCCGUUCCCAAGCAAAAUGCAUGUUUUAAUUAGCACAUUAACAUUUUAUUUACAUAGUUCAAUUAAAGGACUGUAUAGCAAAGACAGACAGACAGGAUAGUGAUGAACCUGUAA